CGCGCCGCUGUCACAGUACAGCCAGUGCCAGACAUGGCGGCGGAGCUACAGCCCGAGUGGAUAUCGUGUCUGCCGUCUACAUGGAGUUACGGGGUCACUCGGGAUGGACGCGUCUUCUUCGUCAACGAAGAAGCCAAGAGUACAACCUGGCUGCAUCCCGUGAGCGGCGAGGCGCUGAUCACCGGCCACAGGAAAACUCCAGAUCUACCCACGGGAUGGGAAGAAGGAUACACGUUUGAGGGGGCACGGUGCUUCAUCAAUCACAAUGAACGGAAGGUGACCUGCAAGCAUCCUGUCUCCGGCGUCCCCUCUCAAGACAACUGCAUCUUUGUCGUUAGCGAACAGUCUGCAGCCAAAGCACCGGCGAAUGAAAGAAAGCCACGGCCAGUAAGCACCAUGAGUGAGGCCUCCAACUACACAGGCUCGGACCAUGCCAACAGCCCGUCCGGCAAGGUGGCAGAGGGACAAAAAGACAGGGCCUCAAGACCCUCCAAGAAAAUCCAUAACUUUGGUAAGAGGUCCAAUUCUAUCCGGAGAAAUCCAGGUGCUCCCGUCAUCAAGAAAAACUGGCUUUAUAAACAGGACAGUACAGGGAUGAAGCUGUGGAAGAAGAGAUGGUUUGUUCUGUCCGAUCUCUGUCUCUUCUACUAUAGAGAUGAAAAGGAAGAGGGCAUCCUGGGCAGCAUCCUCCUCCCAAGCUUUCAUAUUUCAAUGCUGUCCGUGGACGAUCACAUCAACAGGAAGUAUGCUUUUAAGGCAACACACCCGAACAUGCGGACAUACUACUUUUGCACAGACACUGCCAAAGAAAUGGAGUCGUGGAUGAAAGUGAUGACGGAUGCAGCUCUAGUACAUUCAGAACCAGUCAAAAGGUUGGAUAAGCUAAAAGUUGAGCAAUGUGGACCACAAGAAAUCAACAAUGUAGCCAAUCACAGGCCUGCACUCACACAACCAGAAAUCCAAAACAACCAGCGUAAUAAAGAGGCGGCCCGGGAGCACGUCGCACCUGUCAGCCCCAUCUCAGCAGAGGAGGAGCGGAAGCAUCAGGACGCAGAACGUUACGGUUUUCAGAAAGAUGGAGAAGAGCGUGAGCGACCCCUCACCAAAAUCAACAGUAUCAAACUACAGCCACACCAGGCGGCAGCGGUCACGGCUAAUGUAUUGUCAAAGAGGACUCCCGCAGAGACAGACGGACAGCACAAUGGGCCCCAGGUGAACGGAGGAGGGGAGGCUUGUCCAGAUGAAGCACCUGGCAUCUCCACUCAACAAAGCCCCGCCCACCCCGAGCCUGACCGCACCCUGAGCCGCACCAGUUCCAUGCAGCAGCUGGAGCAGUGGGUACGCACGCAGAGGGGGCGCGUACAGGACGAUGACACCAGGAGUGUUACUUCAUACCAGACAAUGCCCAGAAACAUGCCAAGUCACCGGGUCCCAUACAUGCCUCAGUAUGGAGACGGGUACCGCAGCAUGCCCAGAAACAGCAUGGCACAGCGGGACAGUAUCUGCAGCAUGUCCCCCUCUCUGUACGACCAGGCCCUGGGUCCCUCCUCAGCCGACAAACGCCGCUCCAUGAGAGAUGACACCCUGUGGCAGUUGUAUGAAUGGCAGCAAAGACAAGCCUAUAACAGACACUCAGGACUGUACAGUAACAUGGCCAGUCCCAAAACUAUGAUUAAUCUGUCGGAUCACGCCCCACCGAGUCACUCCAUCCCCCCCUCGCCCUCCCACGGCUCACUUUCCAUGUACGGCGGGUACUCGCCCAUGAGGUCCUACAACAUGAGCAGUGCACGCUCCGAGCUGUCUUCUCCCGUGUACAGGAGGGAUAUGAGCAUGGACAGAAGGCUUAGGCCGCCAGUCAACAAGUACGCUUAUCCGCCUGAUCGGAGGUCAAUGCCUGCGGGAAUCCCAGUCCAAACCAUCACAGCUCAAUCUCUUCAAGGCAAAACAAACGACAUUCUUUCCCAUCAUCUUCAUAGGAACCUCAUGUAUUUGGACAACCAGUUAAGUCCAGAUGACUACAGGGAGCAGGUCUACACCCCAGUGCCACAAGAGCUGGACAUUGACGCCAGGCUGAGCAGACUGUGCGAGCAGGACAAAGUAGUGAAGACGCAAGAGAGCAAACUGCAGCAGCUGUACAGAGAGAAGCACACCCUGGAGACUGCGCUGCUGUCGGCCAGUCAAGAGAUUGAGAUGGGCUCUGAUAACCCCACAGCUCUGCAGAGUGUCAUCCAGCAGAGAGACUUACUGCAGAGCGGCCUCCUCAGCACCUGCCGAGAACUGUCCCGAGUCAGCACAGAGUUGGAGCGGUCCUGGAAAGAAUACGACAGACUGGAGGAAGAAGUGGUUCAGGCUAAGAGCAGUCUGCUGGAGCAGCUAGAAGCGCUCGGGAGCCCUCAGAUGGAGCCCCCCAGUCAGGAGCAUGUGCACAUUCAGAAGGAGCUAUGGAGGAUUCAAGAUGUGAUUGAGGCUCUCAACAAACAAAAGGCUCAGAGAAGUGCGGCUGACAGCACGGGCGUCCACGGAGCCAAGAACAACUUUAGCAAGCACAAAAAUGAGGGCACAGAUUACAGACUGUACAAAAGUGAACCUGAACUCACCACAGUGACUGAGGUGGAUGAGAGCAACGGGGAGGACCGAUCUGAACACCCAUCUGACAGAGACCACUCCGGGAACAAAGGGAUGUCCUACCCAGUGGGCAUAGUCCCUCCUAGGACCAAAUCUCCAGUGCCUGACUCCUCCUCCAUUGCCUCCUACGUAACAUUGAGGAAAGGAAAAAGGCCCGACUCAAGAACAGAGCGCCCGCGUAGUGCAGUGGAGCAGCAGCUGAAUGUGGGGGACAGUGGGCGGCCCAGGAUGAGCGUGGAGGAGCAGCUGGAGAGGAUCAGACGUCACCAGCAGGCGGCGCUGCAGGGAAAAAAGAAGAGCCACAGUGUACGGGGAGGCAGCCUGGAGAGCACGCCCACACGUAGCCAGUCCUUCACUAAAGAAAAUCAUCUCCGCAGCAUGCAGUCACGACGCAGGGAUGAUGUGGUGAGCUGUGACAUCCAGGAGCUGGAGGCUUCUCUGAGGCAGCAGGAGGAGGUGAGGGAGCAGGAGACCCCUGCAGAGGAGAUAGCCCGCCUCAAAGAAGCCUCUCUCACUGAUCACUUCAAUGUGGACAGAGAGCUUUCUGUGCCUGAUAAAGUGCUGAUUCCUGAGCGAUACGUCGAGCUGGAGCCAGAGGAGGCGCUGAGUCCAGAACAGGAGGCUGAUAAGCAGAGGAAAGUGGACCGCAUCAAAGCCCUCAUAGCCAAAAACAGCAUGCAAAAUGUGCUACCGAGUCUUGCGCUAAGCCCAGAGGAUGUGACUGAGGAGGACGUUACAAUCCAGGAGAAGGAAAAAAUGAUUAAUAUCUCGUACGAAAUAGCAGCCGAAGCCUCCAAACGCAGCAAACUUGUAGCAGUGAGGAGCCUGUCUUCCUCCUCCCCACCCCAGUCUCCUAACUCACCCCCUCAGCUCAUAGACGGGUCUCACUUCAUGUGUGUGUAAUAACACCACACAGGCACUGGCCUCAGUUAAAACGUAAACAUGAAGGAUGCCCUGAGUAACAUGGCCGUGGCUUACAGAGAGUAGAACCAUCUCCUGUUUGCCCACUGUGACAUCUAGAGCUCUUAUUUUAACACUGUUCAUCUGACUCUCCACACUGCUCCAUCUAUAACCCACAGCUUUCACCAUCCUUCAUGCAGUUUCAUUUAUUUAUAUUCUCGGUUCCUGUUUGAAUAUAUGAGCUGACUUUGUAUGUAUAUAAAUCACUAUACGAGGAUGAAGGACUACGUUCUGUUGUGACAGAAUUGCGACUGUUUUGCGAGAUUUUAUUUGAGUUUGAUUGGUUUAAAUGUUUUAUCACAAGUUUUUCACGCCGUUAUAGUAUUUAUGCUUUUAAAGUUGUGUCAAACAUCAAUAAAAGUCAUUUUUUCUCUAGUCACUGUAAAAAGCACUCACUACAAAUAGAGUGUAUAAAGUUAAAACUCCCUCCAUUAUAAAAAGGAGGUGUCAUAUAUAUUACGAUUGCAGACUGUUAUUUGGUAUGUAAGUAUUUAAAAAUGAUUUUCUGCAGGCCGUCGCUGACACUUAUAGUAUGUGAAUGUUUUGAAUAUAGUCUAUACUGUUUUUAAAUGCAAAGGAAUAUAUUUAAACUUUAAGAAAGAAAAAUCAGUUCUAUUUUACAACAUGUUGGUUCGAUGCCCUGGAAAUUCAAACAGAAAAAGGAAUUUAGCACAUGUAAGAAGCAAUAACAUAAGUGUGUGAAUCCAGGCCUUCCUUUUGCGUGUACAAAGUGUAAUUACCAGAGGUUUACAUUGUAUAUAAUGUACAAUUGUGCAACAGGAUGGGGUGAUGUAUCCACUCUAUGGUUACAUUCAAGAUAUGAUUUGCUAAUGUUCAUAUCCCAUCUGUUUUAUAUCAUGUUAAAUAAAUGUUUUUGUUCUUUAAA